GCUGAUUUGAUCAAAACCUUCCUUGAUUUCUUAACAAAUUUACCCCAACAUGGGAAAGUGCAUUCCAUCGUCUUCAUUCUCCAUGCUCCUUCCCCUUCUCCUUCUCCUCCCCUUACUCACUCACCAUGCCAAACUAGUCACCGGUGUGUCUCUCUCCACCAACUCUCGGUGGAUCGUCGACAGCCAAACUGGGAAGCGAGUGAAGCUGGCGUGUGUCAACUGGAUAGCCCAUCUGGAACCAGUAGUGGCAGAAGGGCUAAACAAGCAACCAGUGGACGUGAUCAGCAAGAAGAUUCGGUCCUUGGGAUUCAACUGCAUCCGUUUCACUUGGCCGGUUUUUCUGGCUACCGAUGACUCCCUGGCAUCUACCACCGUCCGGCAAUCAUUUCAAAAACUCGGCUUGACGGACGCCCUCUCUGGUAUUCAGGCCAAAAAUCCCUCCAUCAUUGAUCUCACCCUCAUUAAAGCUUUCGAGGCAGUAGUGUCCAACCUUAGGGACAAUAAUCUGUUGGUUAUACUAGACAACCACGUAAGCAAGCCUGGAUGGUGCUGUGAUAAAAAGGACGGCAAUGGAUUCUUCGGGGACCAGUUCUUCAACCCUGAUUUAUGGAUCCAGGGCCUAAGCCGGAUGGCCACCAUGUUCAAAGACUUCCCCAACGUAAUCGGCAUGACCCUCAGAAACGAGCUCAGAGGCCGCAGAGAGAACCAAAAUGAUUGGUACAAUUACAUGCAGAAGGGUGCGGAAGCAGUGCACUCCGCCAAUCCAAAUGUCCUAGUUAUCCUUUCCGGCUUGAAUUUCGACACAGACUUAGGAUUCCUCAAUAACAAGCCAGUUAGCCUUUCCUUCACUGGAAAACUGGUUUUUGAGAUGCACUGGUAUGCUUUUACUAAUGGAGGCAUAUGGUCCAGGAACAAUGUAAAUGAAGCUUGUGGAAGAGUGUUGAAUUUGGUGAUGGGAUCAACCGGUUUUUUGUUGCAAAAAGGGUAUCCGUUCUUUAUGAGCGAGUUUGGGGUGGAUAUGAGUGGUAGUAACAGUAAUGACAAUAGGUACUUGAAUUGCCUCUUGGGGUUAGCAGCUGAGCUUGAUCUAGAUUGGGCUAUUUGGACAUUGGUUGGAAAUUAUUACACAAGAUCUGAAGAGGGUUAUGGGGUAUUGGACGCGAAUUGGAGUGAACCUAGGAAUCCAGGCUUUCUCCAAAAAAUAUCAUCCCUGCAAUAUGUUUUCCAAGGGCCGGGUGAAGAUGAAUAUCCUAAACAGCAUAAGGUGAUCUUUCAUCCAGCAACGGGGCUUUGUGUCCAUAGAUCACAGCCAUUGCAAUUGGGUCCAUGUUCACAAGCUUUACCCUGUAUAGCCCCCAAUGAUAAAACAUUGAUCCUGAGGAGACACUGCCUAGCAGUUGAUGAUUUGGGGAAAAUAAUAAAAUUUGGGACUAUUGGCGGUAAGGAAUGUGCAAAAUGGGAUAUGAUAUCAGAUUCAAAGAUGCACCUUUCAGCUAAGCUCAGCAAUGGGACACCGGUUUGCCUGGAUGUAGACUCUUCUACAAACAGGAUUGUUACAAACUCAUGCAAGUGCCUGGGGAAUGAUAAAAAUUGUGACCCUUCAAGUCAGUGGUUCAAAAUAAUUGACAGCACAAGAACAACUUAAAUAAUUGACAACGACUUAAAAAAUAAACUGGGGGGCAAAAUCUUUCCCAGAUAGCUAGCCAAUUCUAUUGGUAUUGUUCACUUCAUUAAAUAUGUGUGUUUAAUUCUUUUAAGGGAAACAUACAUUUCCAAAUCAGUUUAUGUUUUUUUGGUAUACCCAACAAACUCAAUCAGUUAUGAAUUCAGCAACAUUCUCAAUAGAUCAUUCUAGAGUCU